UAUUGGAACACCAUAGAAUUAAGCAGUUAAACAAAUAUGAGAGACAUAGAAGUCAAGUACAUGGAAGUUCCUUCUGUACAGGAACUGGCCAAGAAGAAACUCGUGUCGAUUCCAUCGCGAUACGUACGCGAUGAUCAAGACCGUUCAAUUGCAUCAUCAAUUUAUAAAGAAGUCCCAGUAAUUGAUAUGCAACGAUUGAUCAACUUUAAUGAUCAUGACUCCAUGAAUCUUGAGCUUAACAAGUUGCACUUAGCAGCUAAAGAUUGGGGUUUCUUUCAGUUGAUUAAUCAUGGAGUUAGUUGUUCAGUAGUGGAGAAGAUGAAAGACGAGACUCAAAAAUUCUUCGAUCUGCCAUUAGAAGAGAAGAAAAAGUUUGAAAAAUCUUCAGGAGAUACAGAUGGAUUUGGACAGCUAUUCGUCGUCUCUGAUGAACAAAAGCUUGACUGGGCUGAUCUCUUUUACUUGAAGACUUCACCCACAUAUUUGCGAAAGCCUGUGUUUUCCAAGCUUUACCUUUCACUUAGAGAGACGAUUGAAGAGUACGCGGAUGAAAUAAAGAAGCUAAGCAUGAGAGUAUUGGAAACGUUGGGUAAAGCUUUGGGGAUUGAUGAAGAUGAAGUGAAGAGUGUUUUCAAAGAAGGAAUGCAAUCGAUGAGGAUGAAUUACUAUCCACCAUGUCCACAACCAGAGAAAGUGAUGGGACUUACUCCUCAUUCAGAUGCAACAGGCCUUACAAUACUUCUUCAAGUUAAUGAAACUCAAGGUCUUCAAAUUAAAAAAGAUGGAAUUUGGAUCCCCAUUGAACCACUCCCUAAUGCCUUCAUAGUCAAUGUUGGAGAUGCUUUUGAGAUUUUCUCAAAUGGAAUAUACAAAAGCAUAGAACAUAGAUCAGUGGUGAGCUCAGAAAAAGAAAGGAUUUCAGUAGCAACAUUUCAGAGUCCAAGAUUGGAUGGUAUAUUAGGUCCAUCAAGUAGCCUUGUUACACCUCAAAAUCCACCAAAAUUCAAAAAAAUUGGAGUCACUCAAUUUUAUAAAGGAUUUUUCACACGUGAACUUGAUGGGAAAUCAUAUGUGGACACCAUGAGAAUCACCAAUGAAGAUGAUCUAAACAAUUAGUUAGAUAUCUCGAUUUGAGUAUAUAUCUGAAUUCUUAUAAUGCUGUAAGAUGUUAUAUUAAGAUGUCAAGACUAAAAAUUUAUGACUCUUUAUAUUUUUGAAUAUGUAAAAAAAUUAUAUGAUGAUUUUGGAUGUCUAUUGUAUUAAGAUUUCAAUACUAUAAAUUAAUAUUAUUCAUAUGUAAAAAA